AUGAAUGAGCACGAUCCUACUGCGACUCGAUCCUCAUUCGAUGAAUCCCUAAGACGGAUAGGGGCGUCACGUUUGUCGGAAUGGCCAAACUUUCCAUUCGAAGAAGAGUUGAAGAAUCAACAAGAUGACCAACGACUCAAAACAUCCACAACACCGACGACGAGGAGUAGAUUCUCUCCAUUUCGAUCCCCAACACCACGAGGUUCCAGCUUCCUCAAACGACUAAAACGAAUGUGGACAUUGUUUCCCAUUCGAGAUAUCAGCUGGAUAGUGGCAUUUAGCUUCACGAUUGGUUCAGCUACUUUUGUCAUCAAUGGCUUCUUCUUGCUGCUCCCGUUGAUUGAUCCAGCGACUGACUUUGCAACCGAGACUCCUUACGCGACUCCAGCUUCAAGUGUGUUGGGCACACUGAUAUUUUUGAUCGGUGGUUAUGCAGGACUCUUGGAGGGGCUGAAUCUAACGGGAAAGGAGAUGACAGUGGCGGAUGGUCUGAAUGUAGAGGCCACCGAGAUCACAGAGAUCGGGACGAAGCAGGACGACGAAAGGUCCUCCCAAGAAUCGGCUUCCAAAAGCGACAAGGAUUCAGCCCAGGGCGAGAGAACCGUGCAAGUACAAACAUUUAGAGUAUCUAGCUCUACCACGCACCCCACCUUCAUCUAUCUUCCCACCAUGCACCAACUCCUCACAACGUACGCACGCUCCCUACCCUUCCAUGCAGGUUGGGUUCAAUUCGUCGGCACCAUAAUCUUCUCCAUGGCAACAAUCACAUCUCUCCCCGGGAUCCUUACCUCUUCGCCUUCAUUGGUCCCCUUGCUGAAUCUCCUGCCCGCCACUCUAGGAGGACUUCUCUUCAUAAUCGCCUCUGUCCUCCAAAUUCUCAAUGCGCAAGAGAAAUGGUGGGUGCCGCAGCCACUGAAGGGAGACUGGCAAGUUGGGUUCUGGAACGCAACAGGAAGUCUGGGCUUCACUCUGGCUGGAGCAUUGCCAGCUUUUGGGACUGAGACGGCCACUUAUUUCGGCACGCUGGCGGACUUUUGGGGAAGUUGGGCUUUCUUGUUUGGUAGCCUGGUGCAGUUUUAUAUCGUUAUGGGGUAUUAUGCUUGA